AUGACAGUUUUCUACAUUCACAACGAGUACGAUCGAAAUGAAAUCAUGAAGAUCAAAAUCAACGUCGUUCACGUCGGUCCUCCCGGAGAGCAAGAGCAGCGGGUACGAAUCCAAAAAGAGAGGAUUGUUUCAACCUCGGCCGGCAUGCGAUUCGAAGACUGCGAGUCAAUCGUACUGACAAUGCAGAGAUACGAGCAGUUUCGAACAAUCACUCAGCGCUGGAAGUACUGGAACGAGAGCAAGCGAGAAGAAGCCCUUCAACGUCUCGAAGACAAUUCACUCUCCGCCUUCAUUGGAAGUCUCAGAACAACAUGGAGACAGAAUUAG